UAGAUCAAUCUACCUCCCUUUUUUUUUCCUUUCUUCUUCUCAUCACAUUCGCUUGGAUAAGAAGAUGACUAUGCUGCCACUUUCUUCAUGCUGCUGCUACUACUACUACCCUUCUUCAACAUUCUUACUGAACGAUGCCUCUGACUUCAAUGGUCCUCUGUUUCUGGCUGCUCGGUUUGAUUUCACCAAACCGUGAAUUUGAUUUUGAAACUUGACUCGGUUUGAUUAUAGUCUACAGAAAUUAAUAUACAAAUAACCAAUCAUUCUCAUGUUUGCGAAUGGUGUCAAUAUUACAAAUCCCAUAGGCCAUAGUCGUUAUCUUUGAAAGUAAACAGUUAACUAUGAUUAGUUUUGCAAGAUAUAAUAACAGUUGGUCAAUGUAAUCCAAGUGACUUGGUCCACGUUACAACAGUUGAAUAUGAUGAUUACUGUUUUUAAAAUAGAAAUUUUUCUGAAUAUAAUAAAUGCAUGCAAUGGACUGGAGCUUUAGAAUCCAAGUCGUAACGAACAAGUAAAAUGGAGUCGUCGUCGUCGUGGAUCAUACCCGGCUUGACGGACGACGUCGCGGCGCUCUGCCUUUCACGAAUCCCGCGCUCAAACUUCCGUCUCCUUUCUCAGGUAUGCCGGCGAUGGAAGACAUUCCUCAGGAGCGAGCAUUUCACCGCCGUUAGAAAGUUGACCGGGAGGAUGGAGGAGUUCAUGUGUGUUCUGAUGGAAGAUAAGCCUGGCACAAGCGUGUACUGGGAAGUUUUCGACAGCUCGGGGAACAAACUGGGACCGAUCCCUAACAUCCCUGACCCUGGGCCACUGAAGUGGGGCUACGGCGUCACGGUGCUUAACGAGAAGAUCUUGUUCAUCGGUGGAUUUACGGGGAAUAUUGGCACUCCCCAUGCUUCCCCUGAUGUUUACGAGUUCAGUCCUGCUACUAACAGCUGGAGAAAACUGGGAGACAUGAACAUACCACGUUACAGCUUUUCAUUAGCUGAAGUGGACGGCCUUUUGUAUGUGGUCCAAGGCUUUAGCAAUGAUGGUUAUUGCCUUUUCAACACUGAAGUAUACAACCCGAAAACCAACCAAUGGAGCCUUAUGGAUGGUCCAAACAUCCAGGUCGCCAUUGGUUUUGCAUUCUCCUUCAAGUCCAAACUCUACGUUUUAGACAAUGGAACGGCCACAAUCGACAUGUAUGACACCAAAACGAAGACAUGGGAAAUGUUAGAAUCAAAUGAAUUAGCGGCUGUUUAUUCCUACACUGUUGUGAGGAACAAAGUGUAUUUCCUGGACAGCGAAAGGCCUGGACGUCUGGGAGUGUUUGAUCCAGAGGAGAACUCAUGGACCAGGGUGUUUGUGCCUACAGAGCCGAGAGGUUUCCAGUCCAAAUUGGGGCAAUGGAACAAUAAAGUUCUGCUGUUUUUACGGGGUUCUGUUGGUAAGACCAUAAUUAAUGAUUUUAAUAAAGAGGAAGGGUCCGAGUGGAGAGACUGUGAUCAGAUUAAACUAUCUGGUUAUCACGUCUACAGUGUUCUCAUCAAGUUCUGAUUCCCCCUUCGACUUCAUCCUUUUCUCUAGUGUGUGUGUGUGUGUCUGGUCACAAUGCCCCCUCAACUUUGUCAAUGAUUCCUACAUGUUUGGUGUGUAAUGAACAAACAUUAAGUUUUGAUAUGGUUUGUAUUUACAAUUGUUGGUAUGAAUA